AUGCUAUGCUGUUCGAAUGCAAAAAAAAUAAAAACAUCGCAAUAAAAAAAUGAUAAUAAAUUGCAAGCUCAUACAAAUUAAUAAGUAUUUAUGGCAAUCAUUUUAGGAGGAAUCUCUUAAUGUAAAUGAUGAAGCUUGCACAUUUCAUACUACAAUAUAAGUUCAGCAAUUUAACACCAUGCAGACUUAUAAAAUAACUUUAGAUCACUAAACUAUCAGGUAUUGUCUUUUUUAAUUCAACCUAGUAGAUCAAAUAGUCGUGGAAACAAUGAUCAUGUUGCUUAAUUUGUAUUUGUUUAACCGGUUAGAAAAACACCUUUUAUUACUUUUAGAAAAAGGGGAACUGAUUCUUCAACCAAAUAUCUAUCAACUAAGCAAGGAUAUACUUUACUGGUAACAAGUCUUUCGAAUUGA